AUGAAGAUUCAAAUUCUUUCUAAAACAGAAGCUAGCUCUCUUCCGGGCAUCGACGGUAUGAUAGCUGGAAUCUGCAGCGAUGACAAAAACUUUUACACUGCAGUCGAUGCAGGUGCAAUUCGCAAAUAUCCGUUUAAUACAGAUGACCUUGCACAAACAUCAGAUGACGUCUUCGUAUUCAAGGAUUCACAUAUUACAUGUAUCGACUCUACUCGUGAUUCAUCAGCUCCAAAUACCUUCAUUAUUGGUUGCUCUGAUGGCACAUUCCGUCUUUGCUCAACCAAUUGGAGAAUAGAAAAAACAGUUAACGCACACAAUGGCGGUAUCACAUGCCUUAAAGUCAAUCCUGAUGGCUCUUCUAUCGCUACAGCUGGUGAAGAUGGUCUUGUUAAAAUCUGGUCAAGAAAUGGAAGCCUUAGAUCAACACUUGCAAGCUGCGGAAGUGCAAUUACAACAUUAAAUUGGGAUUCUACUGGAAAAUAUAUUAUGUUUUCAAAUGGUGGCACAGUAACCGUCCGUUCUGCUUCAUUUAAGCAGGAGCAGACACAGUUCCGUGCACAUCGCCGUUUAAUCACAUGCAGUGAUUGGAAUCACGUUACUAACGAAAUUCUUACAGGUGGUGAAGAUCGCGUCGCCCGCUUGUUUGAUAUGGACGGCCGUCCGAUUGCUGAAACACAUCCAUUUGAUUACGCUGUUUCUUCAGUCGCUUUCCUCCCAACAUCUCAUCUUUGCUUGAUCGGAACAGCAAACAGACUUUACUUAACCGAUUCAAAGCUCCGCAUCCAAUUCUCCAUCCCAAUCGAUGCUGGUGCUGCAAUCUGCGCUAAUAACGACCAACCUCGCGCUAUGGUCGCUGGCGGUGGCACAAUCAACCUUAUUGCUGCUGUUGGCAAGAAGAUUGUUUACAAGGAUUGCGAAGUUAUCGCUGAUGGACCAAGAAAGCUUACAGUUUACGAUCUUAAAAACGGAUUAUCUGAGAACUUGCAGUUCAACGAAUCCGUCGCAGAUUUCACAAUCGGCUUCAACAACCUUAUCGUAAAUACACAAACAAAGCUUCAAAUCUAUAAAUUUGGUUCUUGGACAGCUCCUCUUAUCGUAGAGAUCAAGGAGCCAGCAAAGACAAUUGCCCAAUCCGCAACAAUGUUCGUAUACGUUUCUUCAUCAGGAGCUCAAAUCUACGGCUACGAUGGACGUGUUAUUUCUCGUAUUACAGAACCAAGCAUCAAAUGGGAAUUAGUAUCAUCCCAGAUGAUCGCUUGCUCACCAUGCAUCGUCUGCGUUGUUUCACCAGAUGAUCGUAAGAAGGUUUUCGCAUUCAGCUCAUCAUCCGGCCAACCAACAUCUGGAGAGCCACUUGUCCACCCAAGUGAAGUCAGAAAUAUUACAACAAACCAAGCCGCACUCCUCGCAAAGGCUCGUUUCGGAUUUACAAAUGCAAAUGGAGAUUUAACAAUUUGCAGAUUCGUUACAACCAAUCCACGUCAACCACCAACAAUAGAAACACAGAAACUUGCUAACUUCGUUGACGAAUUCAGCUGGCAUACAGUACAUGAUGUUAUUGUUGCCAGAAGCGAAGACAAAUUAACAGUUUGGGGCUGCCCAAGUGCAUCCUUCUUCACACCAGAAUUACUUCCUAAGCUCAAAUUCGAACUUCGUACAUUAUUCGAUACAUCCGAGCUUGAUAGCUUCGACGGAACUCAUGCUUUCGUUCGUAGCAAGGAAGGAGCAUUCUGUGUUGUCCAGAUCAACCCAUUCCUCUUAAUGCUUCACGAAGCAAUUGAUAUCCAACGUAAUUGGAAAGUUGUUCUCCAAGUUUGCCGUGCAAUGAAGGAUGAAACUCUUUGGGCAGUUUGUGCUGCAUGCGCCGUCCAAGCUGGCGAAAUUGAUGCCGCACAAGAAGCUUAUGCCGCAUUAACAAUGAUUGACAGAGUUCUCUUCCUCGAAAAGGUCAAGAAGAUGAAGGCUCCUGCCGCAAGAAAUGCAAUGAUUGCAGUUUUGCAGGGCAGAGCUAACGAAGCCGAGGAAAUCUUGAUUCAGGGCGGAUGCAUCUUCAGAGCAAUUAAGAUGAAUAUCGGCUUGAACAGAUGGGACAGUGCUUACUCUAUCGCUAAGAGAACGAACAAGUUCUUGGAAGUAGUGGCUGCUUACAGAACAAAGUUCUUGAAGGAUAUGGGUCUUGAAGAAACAGAUCCAAACUUCCAGAAACUUGGUCAGGUUGACUUAGAGAGCGUUAGACAUAUUAUUAAUGAUGAAAAGGCCAAAGAAACUGCUUGA